UUUUCAUUGAUUUGAAACAUGGCGUCUGAGGUUGAGGCGGGUAACGCUGCUACAACCGAGCCGGAGAGUGGAGAAGGGGAUGGUGCAUUUGGGGAACUACCCAUCAGCAUGGAUACUGAAUCUUCAAAUGGCAAAGAGGGAAUGGAGGCAGCCGGGGAAGGCUCUGAGGCAGCUGAUGCUCUGACUGGAUCAGGAGAUGAGGAGAGUGGGAGGCAACUGGGGGAGGUGGAGCUGCAGUGUGCCUUGUGUAUGAAGUGGUUCACUGCAGACACGUUUGCCAUCGACACCGUGACCUGUCUCCCCUUUAUGACUAAUUAUGUGUUUCACUGCAACGUGUGCCAUCACAGUGGUAACACAUACUUCCUGAGGAAACAAGCAAACCUGAAAGAGAUGUGUCUCACAGCCCUGGCAAACCUCACAUGGAGAUCCAGAUCACAAGACGAGCAUCCAAAGACCAUGUUCCCCAAAGACAAGGAUAUCAUACCAUUCAUUGACAAGUACUGGGAGUGCAUGACAACCCGUCAGAGACCAGGGAAGCUCACCUGGCCCAACAACAUAGUGAAAACAAUGAGCAAAGAGCGAGAUGUCUUUCUAGUGAAGGAACACCCUGACCCCGGCAGUAAAGACCCAGAGGAGGAGUACCCAAAAUUCGGCUUGUUGGACCAGGACCUGGGAACCAUUGGACCGUCAUAUGACACACAGAAACAGGCUACUGCUGCGCCUACGGCUGGUGGACUCAAUGGUGGAUCUGCUUUCUCAGGUGCUUUGGCCCCUGGUCCAGGAAAAGGCAGAGGAGCUAAACGUAAACAGCAGCAGCAACAGGAAGGCACAGCUGCCGGGGCAACCAAGAGAACCCGCAGUGAUCCUCUGUUCUCGGCCCAGCGCCUACCGCCUCAUGGUUACCCACUGGAGCACCCCUUCAAUAAAGACGGAUAUCGUUACAUCCUGGCAGAACCCGACCCUCAUGCUCCCGACCCAGAGAAGCUUGAGCUGGACUGCUGGGCUGGCAAGCCCAUACCUGGUGAUCUGUACAGGGCCUGUCUCUAUGAGAGGGUGCUGCUGGCCUUACAUGACAGAGCGCCUCAGUUGAAGAUCUCUGAUGACCGUCUGACAGUGACUGGAGAGAAGGGCUACUCCAUGGUGCGAGCAUCGCACGGCAUACGGAAAGGUUCCUGGUUCUUUGAGGUCUCUGUUGAUGACAUGCCUGCAGAGACCGCGGCUAGGCUUGGCUGGUCUCAACCACUCGGUAACUUGCAGGCACCUCUGGGUUAUGACAAGUUCAGCUACUCGUGGCGCAGUAAGAAGGGCACGCGGUUUCAUCAGUCCAUUGGAAAGCAUUAUUCCUCAGGAUACGGUCAAGGAGACACGCUGGGCUUCUUCAUAGAGCUGCCCGAUGGCACAGAGACAGCCAAGGCUCUGCCAGAUACAUACAAAGACAAGGCGCUAAUCAAGUUCAAGAGCUACCUGUACUUUGAGGAGAAGGACUAUGUGGACAAAGCAGAGAAAAGUCUCAAGUCAACGACUCCUACCAAGAUGAUUUUCUUUAAAAAUGGAGUGAGUCAAGGUGUUGCCUUUGAAAACCUGUUUGAAGGCAUCUACUUCCCCGCCAUCUCGCUCUACAAAAGCUGCACGGUUUCAGUCAAUUUUGGGCCACAUUUCAAAUAUCCGCCAAAGGACAUCAAGUAUCAGCCGAUGAGUGACAUGGGCUGGGGAGCUGUGAUCGAGCACACACUGUCUGACAUGCUGUACCACGUGGAGACCGAUGUGGACGGCCGACGCAGUCCUCCGUGGGAAGGAUGAAUCCGGCUUGAAUUCAGUAUACACCCUCCUCACGAAUCAAAACAUUGCUCCUCCUUCAAGUCGUAAAAUAAAAGCACCACACAAUGCCGUGAGCUAUGGUCCAUAAAUUAAAAUUAAUGAAAUUGCUUUUGAUGGACUUCUAUAUGUCAGCAAGCGUGCCAUCAGCCAACAACAAAAUGGGAUUAUCUUUGAGGCUCUGCUUAGAAAUAUAUGUACAUUUUGAAGUUCUUGUUAGAGACCGAACUGGGGGCCAGUUACAACACACAUGUUGAGUAUCAUGUUCCACCUCUAAUGUUCUGCGUUUAGCUGCGGCCCAAUAGACCCACAACAACAUUUCCCACAAUCAGUCUCUAGACUAGAGUUGAUUCUGCAGUCUUUAGUAUGGUCUGUCUUUUUGCUAAUUUUAUUUGUAUUGCAAUGUAUGUCAGUUAUUUACUGUUUUAUACUCUUGAGUUAAAUAAAAAUAAAUAAUACAAGGAC